AAUAAGCAGUUAACGGUAAGUGGAGUGAGGGAGAGGAGUUCAGUGUUUACUCUCACUGGGCGCUAGUUAGUUAGUGGCUGGUUAGCUGGUUAGUUAGGGGGAGUGUGGUUACCUCAGUUGUAAGGUUUGUGAGGAGCAGACGGAGGGGAAGUUGGAGGAAUUUCGCCAGAGCGCUUGUAGCCUGAGGUGGCACCGCGCGCGCGAGACUGACAGCCGAAAGUAUCAGAGUGUGGUUCAUUAAAAUAGUGCUAAGUGUUUGUUCAGUUGGUGCGCAUGCGCAGAAAAGAACUCUCUCAACAACUUUGGAUUAAUUUUUUUUUUUUUUUAAACUUGGAUUUUGGAUACUUCUGGCAAUAAAUACUCAAUAGACCAAACUUUAUUUGCCUGGAAAGAUGUGAACCUGAGAUUUUAUCAGCACUGAGUGAGUUUUCUCAACACUUGAUUCAAGAAACCCGAGGCCUUUCCGACAGACGUCAUGGAGCUUCUGUGGAUUGUUCUUGCUCUUUUUGAUAUUAUUUACAUGACAAAUUGUGCCCGAGGUCCUCCCCGUGUUUCAGAGAAGGUGGUACAUCGGCAGACGGUGCGGAUCGGACGCACCAUGAAGCUCCAGUGUCCGGUUGAAGGCGACCCGCCGCCCCUCAUCAUGUGGAGCAAAGAUGGCCGCAAUAUCCACAGCGGAUGGAUGCGCUUCAGGGUCACGCAUCAAGCACUGCGCAUAAAAGAGGUGGAGGCUGAGGAUGCUGGUACUUUCAACUGUAAAGCCACCAACGGCUUCGGCAGCGUCAACAUCAACUACACCCUCAUUGUGAUUGAUGACUCGAGCUCGGGGAAGGACGGUGCCAGACCAGCGGGAGAUGCCGAGUUCUCCACCGACCCGUCAGGAAAACUGGUGCGGCCCCGCUUCACCCAGCCGGCUAAGAUGAGAAAGCGGGUAAUCGCUCGGCCAGUGGGCAGCUCAGUGAGGCUGAAGUGCACGGCGAGUGGAAACCCUAGACCCGAUAUCGUGUGGCUGAAGGACAGCAGGCCGCUCACGCCCGAGGAGGUGGGCGAGAGCCGCAAGAAGAAAUGGACGCUGAGCUUGAAAAACCUCACGCCGGAGCACAGCGGCAAAUACACUUGCCAUGUCUCCAACCGCGCCGGAGAAAUCAACGCCACCUACAAAGUGGAAGUCAUCCAGCGCACCAACUCGAAGCCCAUCCUGACAGGCACUCAUCCCGUAAACACUACGGUAGACUACGGCGGUACGACGUCUUUCCAGUGCAAAGUACGCAGCGAUGUUAAACCUGUUAUCCAGUGGCUCAAGAGAGUGGAGCCUGGCGAUGAGAGCAAGUACAACUCAACCAUCGAGGUUGGAGAGCACCGCUUCGUAGUGCUGCCCACCGGAGAGGUGUGGUCACGGCCUGACGGCUCCUACCUCAACAAGCUGCUCAUCACUCGUGCCAAGGAAGAAGACGCAGGCAUGUACAUCUGCCUGGGCGCCAACACUAUGGGCUACAGCUUCCGAAGUGCCUUCCUCACUGUCCUGCCUGACACCAAGCCCCACUUCCCGCAUGCUCCUGCCGUCUCGUCUCCUGGGCUCCCCUGGCCCGUCAUCAUCGGCAUCCCUGCUGGCGUGGUCUUCAUCCUGGGCACCAUCCUCCUGUGGUUCUGCCAAUCGAAAAAGCACUGUUCCUCAGGAGCCAUCGUGUCUGCCCAAGCCAACGGCCACCGCCAGCCUCCUCGAGAGCGGCCACUGCCAGGAGCCGACAAGGACUGCAUGGGCUCCAUGAGCUACGAAGAGUACCUGAGUCAACAGCAGCAGCAGCAGCUCCUGCUCGGCCCCAAGGUCUACCCAAAGAUCUUCACAGACAUCCACACGCACACACACUCGCACGUGGACGGAAAAGUGCACCAACACCAGCACAUCCACUACCAAUGUUAGCCUCCCGAUGUCCCGCAGGGCUCCUGUUCAAGGUCUGCGCUUCAUUCAUCCCUCAAUAGUGACCUCACCAGCGGCAGUUUCUCUUCGCAUCGUUUGGAUCUGCAGAACUUCAACCAACCUCAAGCAAAAGCAGACGCUCGGGCCAAGCUGUUCUAGAGAAUACGAACCCAUACAAACACACGAGCCAGGUUCCUUCAUACAAAACCGUUUUCCUGACGGGAUAUCAAGAGUAUACUUCCACGAGUUAACCGUGACUACACAAAAAUAAAGAUGAUGCGAUCGGUUUCACACAAAACUAAAGAGAAAAACGUUUUCAGGUCCGUUCUGGACAACGUACACGAUAAACGGGGAGAAAAAAAAAAAAAAGUGAAUGUACCGUCUCUCACAAUGCAUCGUGAACCCUGAGCUUCAUCUUUUCAGCUUUGUGAAGCACCGUCUCUUUGAUCAGUCAGCUUUAAUGCUCUUUCACAGACGGAGUUGUGGAUAUGGCCAAGAGGAACGUUUCCGAUUAGCACCAGAUUACAGUGAGAACUUUUUGUAUUGCUGCAGUCUAAACAAAUUGCCUGUCAGUGUAGGCGUUUGCAGGUAUACAACCUUUUUUUUUUUAAAUUCUGCAUAUACCAAAUUUGGAUUUGUGGAUGCUCAUAAGCCCUUUACUUCUAACUGACUGCAUGAGAUUUUGUAAGAUUUCACAUAUCAGUUGGACUUUCAUCUUUGGUACAUGAAUGUUGCAGUCUUUUGCAAAUGUAGUUGGAUAUUUAAGUGUGUCUCCGCGUAAUGGAUAAAAAAGUGCCUUUUUUUAUUUUAAUGAUCUCCGUUAUAAAGGUUCAGGUACGGGAUAUUGAUACAAAUUCCUUUCUCUCAGGUGGCCCUUUUACUAGUUUACCUUUUGGAUUUAUUUUUUUUUUCCUAAUUAUCUUGACCACUAUAUGAAAACUGUGUAAAAUGCCUUUGACUGCUCGUGUAAUGGCAGCCCUUCGUGUGUAUUUGGUGCUCGGGCUUUAAAAUCGGACAUGAACGCAAAAGAACUUUCCACGCUGUGAGGUGCGAGAAAACCGAUCCCAGCCCAUCGUCCCUGCUUUUCCUGUAAUUCCCCAAACGUGGACGUGCAGGACACACUGCCGAGUUUUGAAUCGAUAUUAAUGCACUUAUUCCACAGGAGUAGUGAAAAACAUUUAGGAUGACGUUUUGUUCGGAAUCACUCAAAAUGCAAACCCUGUCUAGCUGUAAAAGUUAACAGGUACCAUUAAUUUAUUUGCUAGCUUUAUUUUUGUGACCUUAAAGGAACAGUCCACCGUA